UCUAAAAUUUAGGAAGCACAAGACAUAUACUACCUGCAGUUGUGGAUGGUCUUUCUUUCCUAGAAACUCCACACAACGAGGGAUAACACCGGAUUUGAUCACUUCAUCUAUUGGAGGACUGCGCUCUGCUCACAAAUCAUUAACAACCAUCAGAUGUCUCUUACACAAGUAUAUCCGUCUGAAAGGGAAAAUGUAUACAUACAUACCAAUAGUCUAUAGAUAAUAACUUUCUAAACCGAGUAGUGGCUUCUAGCUGAGCUUGAGGAUCAUCAGAAUAAACACCUUGUACCAUCAUUACGAGACCUUGUAACUGCUUAAAACAGGACAUGAACAGCAUCAAACAGCUGUUUCCUCGGGAAGAGAUGUAGUAACAUUCAAUCCAUUAACAAGAUCAGCACAUUGAGUUAUUACAUACUUGGAUGACUCCUUCCAUACAACGAAGAGGUAUGCCAUGCUGUCACCAAAUAUUUAUUUAUUUUAGUUACACCGUUUGACAUCAUAUUUUUAGGCAACCCAAAUUAUAAAACCGCAUUGACUUUAUCCAUUAACAAGAUUAGCACAUUGAUUUAUUACAUACUUGGAUGAAUCCUUCCAUGUAAGGAAGAGGUAUGCCACGCUGUCACCAAAUAUUUAUUUAUUUUAGUUAGACCGUUUGACAUCAUAUUUUUAGGCAACCCAAAUUAUAAAACUGCACUGUUUUAUGAAAUCGAAUGACAUUAAUAAAAAUAAUUUAACCAAAAUUCACAAAAUAAUAUUUUAAUUAAGUAUAUAAAUAUUUAUAAUAUAAAUUUCACUAUUAAUUAAUUGUUUUUAUUUUUACUCAAACUAGGUAAGGAACCCGCGCGAUAUCCCGUGAAAAAUCUUUUUAUAAAAAUAAUUAUUUCAUAUUUUAUAGUUUCUAUUUUAUAUUACAUUCAAAAAAAAAUCUGUGUCACAACCAUAUAUUAUAUAAUAUUAAGAAUGUAUAUUUGUGUUGUAGUUUCAGAUAAUAAAUAAAAUACAAAUACGUCAAUACAAAAUAAAUAAAUAAAUAAAAUUUCUAUUAGAUUAGGUAAGUUAUUAUGACAUUUCGACUACAAUUUAACUUUUUGAAACUAAUUAAAAUAAACAUAUACAUUUAAAUCUAACAAUUUACUAAACUAAGUAGGACUUGCAAUUGUUCGUUCAGACACAUUUCACUUAAAUAGUUUAAAAAUCCACCUUAAAUCUCUAACAAUAUUUCCUCAUUUAAGUGUAAUUAGAGUUUUAGUUAAUAAAAACACACAUAUAUAAAACUUAUGAAUAAAUGAAAAUGUGCAUAUAAAAGUUAUUUGUUCUUAGAUUACAUUUUGUUAAUAACUAUCUAUUAAUAAAUAAGAUUGUCUAAAUAGGCCUUAAUAUUUUAUCUGAAAACCGAAUGAGACAAAAUGCACCAACACAUGAUAUUAUAGACCAUAAAUAUAAUUUAAAACCCAUAUAAUUAAUUUUGUUGAUAUAUGAUAUUAUAAAAAUAACUAAAUAUCCAAAAACCGAGCUAUCCUAAAAUUUUUAAGAUUCUUAAAAAUGUGUAUAUAAAAUAUCAAGGAAAACAAAUGAAAAGAACUCAUUGAAAACCUAUGCAACUUUUAAAAUGAAUGGUGACAUUUUUAGACAUUUUUGAUAACCUUUUAAAAAUAUAUGAAUUUUUAGAACAAAAAGACAUAUAUUUAGAUGAAAAUAAUAAUUUUAAAAUAUAUGUAAUUUCUUGCAUGAAAGGACACAUUAAUAAAAAAAUACAUACUCUUAGAUACUUUCACUACCACUUAAAAAUUAUUGCAACUUUUAAGAUGGAAAAACACAUCUUCAAACAUUUUUGAAUUUCUAAUUUAAAUAUAUUACUGCUUUCAUCUCACAGUAAUAAUCAGUGCUUGAAGAGACACAAACGUCGAAUGGACAUAGGUUAGAUAAACAGCCUCUAACUAAGCCAGCUCAUCUCUCCCAUCAGCGAGUAAUUAAGUAGUACAGUUUCGCAUGUUCUUCGGAAUAAUUCGGGCUUUUUUGUUGUUGUUAUGCUUUCUUGUCAAGCACUUUACCAAAGGGCAUGUUAAUAGAAUUUUCAGCUGUGAUAUGUUCUACUAUCAUUGCCACUUUCCCUGUUGAAUCCUUAGUUAUCUCUCUUGGUGUUAAAUGUCUAGAUUUUCAUUUUUUUUUAUCAUUGCAGUACGUACCAGGUAUGAAAACUCAAAAUGUAUAUCCCACUCUCUGUUGGGGUAGAUUUGUAUAUGUUAGGAACUUGAAAUGGGUUCUUCUCCCACUCUGCCCACUCUGAUGUGGAAUCUAACUAAACUUCAAUUUUCGAAAACUCGAUCACUCAUUUAUAAAAGCCAUAUUGAAUCGAUCUAGUUACCAGUAAGCAGAAAGACAUGGGUCAUAAGGACUUUUUUGCCCACAUUAUCAAUGUCCUCCAUGUGGAACAUGGGUGGGCUUUCAUAGGCAAGGGUAGUUGAUUAAAUAUUUUCCAUAGGCAAGGUAGUUGGUUGGAGACUUGCACUUAAGCAUGUGUGGCAGGAACAAGAAAACAAAAACUGUGGAGGCAGAAGAAGAAGCUUGGCUGUUAGUGAUGUCGAUUGUUGUGGAUGUCAACAGAUCAGAUAUCUGUGAGAGUUCAAGUAGGAGAACCCGAGAUGAAAGUGUCUUUGAGAAAUUGAAGAAGGCGGCUCAAGAUGGAGACAUCGAAGAAUUGUAUAAACUGAUAGCUGAGGAACAAAACAUUCUAGACCACUUUGAUGAAGUGCCUUUCUGUGAGACGCCACUACACGUGGCGGCUGAAAACGGGAAAACCCAUUUUGCGAUGGAACUAGUGACUCUUAAGCCGUCGCUUGCAUUGAAGCUAAACGUGUCAGGCUUCACCCCAGUCAAUUUAGCCCUGCAAAACAACCACAUGAGAAUGGUUAGAGGGUUUAUAGCAAUCGACAGAAGCUUAGUCAGAAUCAUGGGAAGAGGGAGGAUUACCCCUUUGCACCAUGUGGCUAGAAUAGGUGAUGCAGAAUUGCUUAGUGAGAUCUUGAUGGCUUGUCCCUUUUCAAUAGAAGAUUUAACAAUAAAGCGUGAGACAGCUGUGCAUAUUGCGGUAAAGAACCACCAGUUUAUGGCGUUCAAGGUUCUGUUUGGAUGGAUCAAGAGAGCGAACAGGGUGGAAAUCUUGGAUUGGAAGGAUGAAGACGGUAACACAGUCUUCCAUAUUGCUGCAGCUAUCAAUCAGACUGAGGUCAUGGCGUUGCUACGUAAAAGCGUUAAAAUAGCAGCCAAGAAUUUGAAUGGCAAAACGGCGAUGGACAUAUUCGAAGCUCACCAGCCUCCUUGUUUCCCUGAAGCAAGAACAAUUCUCCGUAGUGCCAAAGAAAGGCUAUUUAGUUGUUCCACAAUAACUCUUGCAGAAUAUUUGAGCAAAGAUCUAACGUUUCUCGAGAAACGGAACAAUUUCUUAGGGCUGAGCAAUUUAAGCAUAUCUAGAGCCAGACCUCUAACCAGUAGCCAUCGCCGUGAUGCAAUAUAUGUGGUGGUUAUACUUAUAAUAACAACUUCAUUCCAGGCUGGUUUUAGUCCUCCAGGCGGAUUUUGGCAGGAGGACGGCGUGGAUCAUCAUAACGUCUAUCACAAAGCUGGGCAAAUGACUAUGUCUUUCUCCAAUGCCUUAAUUUUUAACGGCUUCAACGGGUUUGCCUUCUUAUCAUCCCUAUACGUGAUCAUGAUCCUCACAAUUGGACUUCCCAUGUGGAAGUUAAUCUAUUGUUCAACGGCGUGUUUAGGUCUCGCUUUGUUAGCAUCAUACGGCACUAUAUUCCCGUAUCCUAACAGCUAUAUAGGGUAUAUCCCAUUGAUCACCUUCGUCUAUGCAUUCCCAUCGAUUAUCACAAUCAUGCUGUUUAGUGUUUUCAUGGCAUUCAUUGUUGACAAACGUGGCCGGAGACUAGUAGACUUCCCGGCGAGCUGCUUCAGCUCAUCUCAUGAGUUGUCGCUAUGAUCAUUAGAGUACGUUGAAAACAUGAUACCAUGCACGAGGAAUAUUAGUUAUGUUUCGAUGUGGGACUAUGAUGUAACUGAAAUAAACUCUUAUGUGUUUUUCAAGCUAGCUAGUGUUAUGAAUUUAAAUUGUCAACUAGUUCGUUCUAAUAACUAGUUUCUCAGCUGAAAUUAAACGCUGUUUAUUUCAUACUCUUUCGUUCAAUUCAUUUUGCUGAUCUUUUUUUCCUUGAUUAUUUGUUGCUUGCUGAGUCUUGUUUUGCUUCUAGAAAAUUGAUUAAUAUUUAGAGAACGUACACAAAAGUGGCAGAUAGACUAGAGGAUAGUUUUCAAGGUUGAGUAUUGAAAACAUGUACAAAUUACCAUGACCAUUACUCUGAGGAAGUCUGGAAGGGUCUAACACAGAAUUUGCUCUCUACACAGUAUACGAAUCAAUGAAAUCGUAUUAUGCAACUCCUUCUGGAACAGGCUCGGGACAGAACUCAGUUAUUCAUAAUGAGAUACGUAACGGUAUCUCACGAAACAAUGUAUGUCAUAUGGUGAAAAAGCAAUUAACCGAAACAUGGUGAAUCGCCCGGCAAAAAUCAUCCAAAUGGUAGACAGACAGGUUCGCAAUCGUCUAUCAUCAGUCCGAGGUAUGUGUGUGCAAACUUAUGAUGAAGGCUGGAGGCAUGGUUAACUGCACGAUAGUAUCAUCAUUCUUUUAAACAAAUUAUUAUGUUAGUAUCAAACACUCGGCACCAAAAAUCAAGCGAUUGCAGACGAUAUAACUAGUAAAUAUGUUCUUCCACAUGUCAACAUAUUUUAUUUUGCUUGUAUUGUAUUAUUUGGUCUACGUACCGGAACUGAUAACAUUCGAGAUUAUCCUCUUUGUAAAAACGUUUUUUUUUAAUUAAAUUAAUUUAAUAUUUUUUUCAAAAAAGGAUGUACAAUGUUAAAAUUCUUUUAUUUUCUACAAAUUGAACAAGUUAUUUGUUUCGCAGGCUCAAUCAUUCUUCGCAAGAGUGUGCUAUGUUUUUCGUUUUUUUCUUUCUGAAUCGAACAAUUCAUCUUUUGAUUUCCAGAAUCGAGGAACAAUCCACUCAUGACUCAUACCUUUACCUUGAGAACAAAAAUCGAGUAUGAAAAGAGUUGUAAAGAUCUCACAACCAAUCAAAAUCACUAAAACUAUAAAAUCGUGGUUUUCAGGUAAAACUAACAAAAAGGGAUUUUCCUUUCAAAAUUAUUAAUUAUGUUUUCCUGUUAAAAUCACAAAAUAUUUUUUUUCUGCUGAACAUAAAAUCAAUUUUUCCUUCUAAAACCACAAAAUAAAAUUUUAUAAAAAAAACUAAAAUUAGAUUUUUCUACGAAAAAUUUUAAAUCAAGUUUUCUCAACAAAACUAAAAGAUUCUAGUUGUUCCAUCAAACUGAAAAAUCAGACUUUUCACCAGCUAGCAAACCAGAAAUCGUCGACGUGUGCUUUUAUUAGUACAAACUAGAGAUCUUUUCCGCGCUUCGCGCGGAUUAUGUCUUAUAAAUUUAUUUUAUUUAUAAUAUUAUUUGUCGGUUUUUUUCUUUUACAUUAACUUCUUGUUUUUCCAAUGUUAGUUUUUCUUAAUUUAAAUUUAUAUAUUUAUAAUUUAUAAUUUUUCUUGUUGUAGAUGGAGAAUUAUAUUUUUUAUUAAUGGUUUUUUGUAUGUGACAUAAACUUUUUGAAAUUUUAAAAUAAUAUUAUAUAUAGUACAAUUAACACAUUAAAGAAGAGAAACAUAUUCAGACACAUUUUACACAGGUUUUAUAUGCAUAAUUUUAAAUAUUAUAUAUGUAUAUAUUAUAAGUUUGAAACAUGUAAAUGCUUUCUAAAGCUAAAUAUUUGUUCUGAGUUUACAUAACUUAUCGAAAGUUUUAUCUCUUUUUAAAUUCUAAUCACAGAAAAAAUAUCAGAAAGUUAGUAUAGAUGGAUUUUUUGGGCUUUUAAAUCAACACUGAAAAAUUACAUGAAUCAAAUAACAACAGUUUUAUAAACAACUGGAUAAAAUUUGACCGAGCCAAAGAUUUUCACACAAUAUGUUCUUUCUUCUACAAAUUGCGAAGAGCCUAUAGACACAAAAAAAAAUCAUAAUUUUUGUUUUCACUUAUAUAACAUUUCUUCUCCUUUACACAUGGAGUUUAUUACACUGCUAUAAGCAAUAGAAUACUCUAUUCAUAUAAGAUUCACAUCUAUGCAUUUUGACAAAGAAGAAUUUUAGCCAUCUUUAGUUUUGGAAUGGACCAACAUCAGUCAUAUACACUAUAUUUUUUCUGUGAUUCAAAUCUUACAAUUUUAAUAUAUGUGCAAAUUUCGAUGUGAAAAAGCACGCACGCCAUUUAUCAUUCAACCUAUUACUUUUUUCAAAGUAAACACUAUAAUCCUCCUUUGGUUAGCUCCACAAACUAAUCUCUUUGGAUCAGUUUACUAAAAAAUAUAGAUACUAAUGUCAGAAAAGAAUAUAAACACUAUCAACAACAAAUAUUGGCACAAGACUAUUUGGUUCAAGGAACAUAUUCUACGUAAUGCGUU